AUGGCUGGAUGGACGGGACUCCCCUACGAUGUUCGUCUCAUCAUACUCAACAUGGUUUUUGCUCGGCUUACAGCACCAGAAGAGAAUCAAGCAGUUGGAAGGCCUCUAAAGAGAAUGCACGGCCGCAUGCCCUCGCACGGCCUAGUCUGCAGGGACUGGUUCGAGUUUUUCGAACAGGAGACGUAUCGCGCCCUCUUCGUCACGCAAGAUUCCCUGGACAGCAUCAGCAGACUUACUCGACGUCAACAGCGGAUGGUGCGCUACCUCUGGGUCAAGGUUGACCUGGCCACAUACGCCUCCCCCAACGAUACGGACUUCUACUGGGAGGUCUGUGACCUGCAAUAUGACGCCAAUUCAACCUUGGUCAACGCCACCAUCAGACAAACCUUUGAGCUUCUACGCUCCUGGGACACCGAGCAAGGCUCCGGGGCUCCAGGACUUACACUGGAGAUCAGUGCGUGUUCGCCCAGUGACAUGGAGUACACCUUUUACAACGACUUGCAUUUCGACACCAGCCCCUUUGACGUCGAUGGGCCUCUGGAGCGAAACCGGCCGAGCCACUCGUAUCCGAGGAACGGCUGGUUCCAAGGAAAAAGAACGAGUCCUCCGAGCCUACGUUCCAUCUUGGCGACAUUGGGUUUCUCUUUCUGCCAUCUAGAUGGAUUGCCCACGGCGCCAGCAGUCACAAGCUUCAUCGUCCGCAGACAGACGCGCUGGCAAUUCGGACCGCUGGCACUGGCAAACAUCAUCCGCAGGCUCCCCAGCUUGCGCCGCGUCCUCAUCGAGUCAUGGAGAGAAUUCGAUUGUUUUUCACCAGGGGGCUGGUAUCCCCAGGACCGUAUCGAGAGCCUCACCAUGUUUGAAGACUUCAACGAGGACUACAACGCCGUGGCUCGUGAUUUGUACCCUUGGCUAGGCGAAACCCCUUUCGAGAUCAUCAGGACGCCGUCUGUAUUUGUCGGCGAAGCCUUGGCGCAAAGCAGCCAACGGCUUUCCAGCCUCACCGCGUCAUACAUGGUGGACGCUCGCGACUUUUUCAGCGAGGCCGUCAAACCAGGAUACUUCUGGGACCGCUUGACCGUGCUGUCUCUGACCUCGCGCCACUUGAACGGGUUGUCGGACGAUGCGGUGAUCAACGAGAUAAUAGAGAAUGCUGGUAGGGGCGCGCUGAAGAUGCCGGCGCUGACGCGGAUGGACGUUUGGAACGGCACAAAAGGCAACGUGUGCGGGUUCCGGUACGAGGUGGCCGGGAGGGAGGCAUCCGUCGAGUGGCACGGCAAUCGACUUUUCUCGCUGAGCGCCGACGCGGUGAGGGCGUGGGAACGCGCUGCGGACUGGCAUACCGGAGGGGGCGGGCUGAUUGUGAAGGAGCCUCGAAUCGUGCGGAACAAGUACAUUGGGUCUCAUGCAACGGCCAUGGAGAUUCUUGGGCUGCACAACCGUGUCCUUCAUCCGGUGUCCUUUAGACAAAUCACCUGCGAGACGUCACGAUACUGCUUCAGGCAGUAUUAG